AGAAAUCUCCAGUCUCCUCUCUCUCUGGUCCUUCGUUCUCCUCCCCUGGUCCGUUCCUCUCCUCCGAUUUUCAACCCCCAAAUUCUCCCCGCACCCGUCUCCAGCCCCCGAAUUCGCUCCCCUGUUCCCCGCAAAUCUGCCGUGCCUCGGCGGCGACCGUAUACACCACCGGACACGGCGGCACCAACCCCGGAGGCGCGGUCACCUCCUAACCCGUCAUUCCGUCUCCGCCUUCUACUGGUGCCGUACUGGCGUGGAGCGGGGACUGGAGAUCCAUCCGGGCUCGGAUUACCUCUCUCGCUGGUACGUUUCGGAGAAUGGGGGUUUACCUUAGCACUCCAAAAACCGAGAAGCUAUCUGAAGACGGGGAAAAUGAUAAGCUUAAAUUCGGCCUUUCAUCUAUGCAAGGGUGGCGUGCAACUAUGGAAGAUGCCCACUCGGCUUUGCUAGAUCUUGACAAUGACACUGCAUUCUUUGGCGUUUUUGAUGGACAUGGAGGAAAAGUAGUUGCCAAAUUCUGUGCAAAAUAUCUGCACAGAGAAGUUAUCAACAGUGAAGCCUAUGCAGCUGGUGACCUGGGUGCUGCUGUCUACAGAGCUUUCUUCAGAAUGGAUGAAAUGAUGCGUGGCCAAAGAGGAUGGCGGGAACUUCAAGCACUUGGAGAUAAGAUAAAUCAGUUUACUGGCAUAAUAGAAGGCUUGAUUUGGUCCCCUAAAGGAAGUGAUUCAAAUGAUAGACAUGACGAAUGGGCUUUCGAGGAGGGACCACACUCUGAUUUUAUUGGGCCAAAUUGUGGGAGUACAGCCUGUGUAGCAUUAGUGAGAAAUAGGCAACUCAUUGUGGCAAAUGCUGGUGAUUCGCGCUGUGUCAUCUCAAGGAAUGGCCAGGCAUACAAUUUGUCGAGAGACCAUAAACCAGAGCUUGAGGCAGAGAGAGAAAGGAUACAAAAUGCAGGGGGUUACAUCCAAAUGGGUCGUGUAAAUGGAACUUUAAACUUGUCAAGGGCUAUUGGAGACAUGGAAUUUAAACAAAACAAGUUCUUGUCCCCUGAUAAGCAAAUUUUGACCGCAAAUCCUGACAUAAACAUCGUUGAGCUUUGUGAUGAUGACGACUUUCUUGUUUUGGCAUGUGAUGGCAUUUGGGACUGCAUGUCAAGCCAACAGCUGGUUGAUUUCAUCCGUGAGCAUAUAAACAAUGAGGAAAGCCUUUCCGCAGUAUGUGAAAGAGUGCUUGACAGAUGCCUGGCUCCAUCGACCAUGGGCGGCGAGGGAUGCGAUAACAUGACGAUGAUCCUGGUGCAGUUCAAGAAGCCGAUUACUCAGACCAAGGAAGCCAGUGGUGCAGAGCAAUCAACUGGUGACACAGAAUGCUCGGAGACGCAUGUGGCCGAGGAGAAUGGCUCAUGAUGAACAGGUAUAUCCAGGAAAUGGCUCUUGAAGCAUGGCUUGAUGCUGGACCUGGCUUAAACAGGAGUACGAUGUUGCAAUGUACAUACCAACCAUGUGUUGAAUUGGCGUAAAAGCUGUUCUUUGUUCCAAUUGUUGUCUGUAACCCAACCUGCUAUUUUCUUCCGGGUGUGAUUUUGGCCAUCUGACAUAACCUAACUGUACAUUUGUGGGUGGAAAUGGUGUUAUACGAUAGUUCAUUUGUCCGUUCGAGCGGAUCUUGUGCU